AUGCCAAAAGCUCAUGCUUUGACGGCAUAUGAGCUCGAACGAGCGGAACGUAUCGCUGAGAAUGCUCGACUGCUCGCGUCCCUUGGCCUUGGUCUGGAACCAGGCGCGAAGGCCAAAGCAGCCACGCCAGCCAGGCCACCAAAGAAGAGAUCCAGGUCAGAAUCAACGACGGACAGUCGUGCAGAGUCUGCACCGCCGCGGAAGCGUCAAAUGAUACGGCCUGCAAGACAGGAUUGGGACAGUGGCAACUCUGAUUCUGAAGAUGAACUAGUGUCGCCGCCCAAUGUUGCAAUCAAGCGUGACGAUGAGGUGCGUUUAUGUCGUAUGUGUCGCCAGAGGCUCUCUCACGCAAGAUCAAUCACACCGGAUCUGCUCGAAGGCGAUGCCAUUGGUUACGACCGUGGCCUGUGUGGAUCUUGCCAAGAAUCAGCUCACGCUGGUGAACGGGCGAUGGCGGAUCGCGCAGGCUCAAUGACCAGCACGGAGCUUGACUACAAAGAUGCCUGGCGGCCUCCCAGUAAGUCUGUUGCACCUUUCCGCAGCUGGCAGAAGCAGCACCAGUCUGAUAGGCAGAGUCGCGAAAGUUCAAUGUCUGUUCAGAAGAAUGAGCUAUACGUGCCUGCUCCAGAAAACGAAAGCGAGCUGGAUUCUCAAGAGUCUGAUGAGGAGGAAGAGGAAGAGGAAGAACUUGAGAUCGAGGCAAUAUCAAGUUGCAAGAUAAUCAAUCGCGAAUUACACUUCCACACAAGUUGGAAAGACCGCGCGCCAUCAUUCGACACUUUCCAGCCCCUUGAAGACGUGGACGAUACUCUUGCAUUGGAGGCUUUCCUGCAAGGUGAUCCACAAUUGGAAUUCCGUGGCAAACGGUUUGCCUUAUCUGCUGUUCUAUCCUGGCGAGAAAGUGGAUGCAUGAUGGACAGGCUAACGCAGGCCACAAAGGGUAAAGCAAGUGUCAAAAUGAGAGUUAAGAGCCAACACAAGCAUGGAUGA